AAACAAAAACGAAUUCUAAGCAGAGAACGAUGACACAUUAUUGCAAAUGCAUCUGUAUUUGUACUAGCUUUACUGGGAGAGAGAGAGAGAGAGACAGACAGAGAGUGAAAGUUUUUCCUUGAAAGCUCGUGCUCUCCGGUUUCGUGCUUUUGCUUUGAGCCGCUCAUUCGCAUUGUUUGCCACUUUGCUUUGUCCAUUGUCCUGAUCGUGUUGUUGUAAUGCAAAGAUUCCAAUUUCAUUUCCGUUUCCCUUUGUUUCAAUUCUCUUCGUUCCGAUUCGUUUCGCCCGCCGACUUUGAAACUCGGCUGAAACCAUUGUUCAACUCUCUCCUUCUUCUCCCUGGUCACUGGCCUGUAUGUCCUGCACUUCUCCAUAGCGCUGAUCCUGGUCAACAAGGAGGUGCCCCAAACGCGCGGAAUGCUGUAUCCCAGGGAAUCGGAGACGCGAGAGGUGCGUUCCCUGGACGGGAUCUGGAACUUUGUGCGCUCCGAUCAGGCGAAUCCCACGCAGGGCGUUCGGGAUGAGUGGUAUGCCAAGGAGUUGAGCAAGAGCAGGCCCACAAUCCCCAUGCCGGUGCCCGCAUCCUAUAACGACAUCACCACGGAUAACUUGCGGGAUCACGUGGGCACGGUGUGGUACGAUCGCAAGUUCUUUGUGCCCCGAUCCUGGGCGAAGGAUCAGAGGAUAUGGCUGCGCUUCGGUAGUGUUCACUACGAGGCAUAUGUGUGGAUAAACGGCCAGAAGGUGGUGAAGCAUGAAAUGGGUCACCUGCCCUUCGAGGCGGAGGUCACAGAUCUCCUGAGCUAUGGAGCUGAGAAUCGGAUCACCGUGAUGUGCGACAAUGCCCUCAUUCAGACGACAGUGCCGCAGGGCAGGAUCACGGAAGUGCCCAACGAUGGUGGCAUGACCAUUGUGCAGAGCUACACCUUCGACUUCUUCAACUAUGCGGGGAUCCACAGGAGCGUGCAUCUUUACACCACGCCCCGUACUUUCAUCGAGGAGGUUGAGGUCACCACAAACCUUUCAAAGGAUGCCACCAUUGGUGAGGUAUUCUACAGCGUAAGCGUGAAUGGCAGCGCUGCCAAUGAGGCGGAUAAUGUGCUGCACAUUCAGGCCAACUUGUACGAUAAGGAAGGCGUCCUGGUGGCGAAUGCCACAUCGGACGGCAAACUAGGCGGCAAGUUGCAGGUGAACCAGGUGAAGCCCUGGUGGCCCUACCUCAUGCAUCCAGAGCCUGGUUAUCUGUACCAGCUGGAGAUCAAACUGCUGGCGACCAACGACGAGCUCCUAGAUGUCUACCGACUCAAAGUGGGAGUACGCACAUUAAGUUGGAACAGUCAGCAGUUCCUGAUCAACGGCAAGCCCGUUUACUUCCGCGGAUUUGGACGACACGAAGAUGCGGAUAUCAGGGGUAAAGGCCUGGACAACGCACUGAUGGUUCGCGACUUCAAUCUGCUCAAGUGGAUAGGAGCGAAUGCCUACCGCACAUCGCACUAUCCCUACUCCGAGGAGUCCAUGCAGUUUGCGGAUGAGCACGGCAUCAUGAUCAUCGACGAAUGUCCCAGCGUGGAUACGGAAAACUACAGCCAGGAGCUGCUGGGCAAGCACAAAUCGUCGCUCGAGCAGCUCAUCCAUCGGGAUCGGAAUCAUCCCAGUGUGGUGAUGUGGUCCAUUGCCAAUGAACCUCGUACUGGUAGCGUGGGUGCGGACUCGUACUUUGAACUGGUGGCCAACUACACGCGCUCUCUGGAUAAAACCCGGCCCAUCACGGCGGCCAUUGCCGUUCCAAACACCCAGGAUAAGGCGGGCCGCUCUCUGGACAUCAUCAGCUUCAAUCGGUACAAUGCCUGGUACUCGAAUGCCGGACGUCUGGACAUGGUGACCCAGAAUGUAAUCGACGAGGCCGUCGCCUGGAACAAACGUUACAACAAGCCCAUCAUCAUGUCUGAAUAUGGAGCGGAUACCCUGGAGGGCUUACAUAUGCAACCUGCUUAUGUGUGGUCGGAGGAGUUCCAGACGGAGGUGUUUUCCCGCCAUUUCAAGGCCUUCGAUGAGCUGCGCAAAAAGGGCUGGUUUAUUGGCGAGUUUGUGUGGAACUUUGCCGACUUUAAGACAGCUCAAAGCUACACCCGCGUGGGAGGCAAUAAAAAGGGCGUUUUCACCCGCGCCCGCCAACCCAAGGCGGCAGCCCAUCUCCUCCGCAAAAGAUACUUUGCACUGGGCAGAGAUUUGGACCAAUGCAGCUUCCCGGAGGAUCUCUUCACCUACAUCGCCGACCUUAUAUCCUAAUAGUUAGGAGCACGUGGAUGCUGCCUCAAGUAUUCGGCCACUGUAAAUAAGAACAACUUUAUCCUUGGUCAACUGCAUCUCGGACUUGCAUUUUGACCCGAUUUCCAUUCCGCUGCAUUGCCCUGUACAAUAUAAAAUGGUUAGCUCUAGUUGAUUGUAUUUUUGUAUGUAUUUGUAUGUUUAAGAGAUUAAAUGAAAGUGCAUUAUUUAUAUUUACUACACCAAA